AUGCUUCGUGUCGGCCCUCAACAGCGCCUUUUCGCCGCGCACGAGUCCAUUCUCAGCGCCUCCCCCAUCUUCGCGGCCCAAUGCUCCUCUCAACUCCCUAGUCCCCCUCCCCCCUCCCAUCCACACAUCACCACCCCCAGUAAACGCAUCGAUCUACCCGAUGAAAACGCAGAAGUCCUCUCCUGCGUCCUGGAGUACCUGUACAAAGGCGACUAUACGCCGCGCCUGCAGCACAACCCCACGACGGGGGCGUGGACGCUCGCCAACGACACUCUCCCCACUUCAUGCACGAUGGUCCCCUCCGUCGCGAGCGCAACGGCAAAUCUCUCCACUUGCGCCGUCAUCUGGCACCAUGCCGCGGACGGACCCGUCCUGCGCGAUACGGCAGUGUACUGCGCGGCACUCGCAUAUAAACUCCCCUCGUUGGCGCGUCUAGCUCUACGCAAGCAGGGUCUCCAGAUGGGAAUCCCCUGCCGGACGAUCCUGUCGAGUGCGCGAUUUGCCUAUGCGCAUACGCCCGAGACGGAGUCCAGACUGCGGGCGCAUUAUCUUGCGCUGAUCAUACGGUGUCGGGGCACGUUUAAGCGGAGCGGAACGAUGCAAGUCGAGAUGGAGAAGGGAGGACGCUUGUUUUUUGAUUUGUUUGUUGCAAUGUGUAAUCAUAUGGUGAGUCUGCAGGAUUCCACGGGUGGUACUUUGAGGGGCCUGCAAUAG